AUGGAAAGAAGACGAGCUACGGUGACGUGUCUAAAAUGUCGAUCAAAGAAGAUCAAGUGCGACGUCAGCGUCUCACACCCUUGCUCCUCGUGCAAGAAGCACGGCUUUGAGUGCAUCAGAUUCGAAAAAGACAGACGCAAGGAGCGACACGAUAGUAAAUAUAUUGAGUCGCUCGAAGAGCAGGUCAAGCUGCAGAAGGAUGUCUUUACGCAACUUCAAAGGCACUGUACAGAAAUUACACGGCUCAUCUCUGAGAAAACAGUAACUCCAAGCACUGUUCCCAAUCUGACAGAAGACAAGGAAGAUAGAAAUGCGCUUUAUCCUUGGACAGAGUCGUUUCCGCAGUACAAAAACCAGUCGCUCGCCGUCUACGGACCCACAAGUAUAUUUGAUAGCGUUUCGAUCCCAAACUCUGAAAUGGACGAGGUCGAUCAGCUGAAGCACCUUAAUUCCAACUCUGAAAUACUAGAGUGCAUCAAGCUGUUUUUCCGGUGGCUUUAUCCCGAUAUGCAUUAUUUUCUUUAUCGGGAGGCCUUUCUUUUGGACUUUUUUCAUCCAAAGAUUGACUUCUCAUAUUGUUCGAAGGAGCUAGUCUUUGCAAUAUGUUCCAUCGGCUCGCUGCUUUCUGAAAAUGAGCAAAUCAGGCAAAAAUCAAAGACCUUCUACGAUAGAGCACGCCAGAGUCUAUUAAAUAAAUUUGAUCAUCCGACAAUCACUUCUUUGCAAAGCUUUCUGAUUUUGGGUUUGUACGACAUCUAUAACGGACGCAAUAACGGAGGCUGGAUGCUCACAGGAACUGGAUUACGUAUGGGUUUCAAUCUUGGUUUCCAGCUAAGUCCAAAAAGCUACCAUCCAGAAGCCAACGAAGAAGCCAACGAAACAAAUAUCGGGAUCCGCAGCCGUGUUCUCUGGGGCUCUUAUGUGGUGGAUCAUUUUAUAAGUCUUAUCCUAGGCCGUCCCAGUGUCCUCAAGAUGAGCCAGGCUACAAUGGAAGAGUCCAACACCAUGCCAGACCUGUACUGGAUCAAAGAAUUCACAUAUACCGAUCCGCAAAAGGCCGGUGACACACCAAAACGCAUUGACAUAGCCAACCCUCUGAAAGCAACAAUCGGUCUCAUAAAUAUCACAGAAGGCAUGUUGCAGGAUAUAUUCACGGGCAGCGGCUUAAAAGAGCAGUCGUUUCAGCUGUCAGAUAAAUUGGCACUUCUUGAAAAAUAUAAUCGACAGCUAGUCCAAUGGAAGGAGUGUCUGCCAUCAGAAAUCAGCUGGAAGACUGAGCAGUUGCUUGAAGAGGGUACAGAUCCCACCAAAAUGGGACUCAAAUAUUAUUACUAUAUUGUUGUUCUGUGUCUCAACAGACCCUUUAUCAGCCAUCGAGAAAAAUGUCCACAAUCAGUUUCCAUCUGCAAAUCCGCCAUUGAUGAUCUCUACAUGGCGGCGAUGACAUUUACAGGGUUGCACGGCUACAGUCGGUGCUCGAUCCUGAUUAUUUAUUCUUGUAUCUUAUCGGUUUCUGUUAUCCUGCUAUCAUCUGGGAAAAACGUUGCAAAAUACCUGGAAGAGAAUCCUGGGGCCGGAGCACAAUUUUUUGACUUCAUGGACGUUCUGUGCAAAUCCGGCAAGACCUGGAAGCUGGCAGAGAAAUCCUACACCAUGAUUCGCUCGCGACUGCUUAAUGAUUACAGCUACGACUACGAUCUCGGCUAUGCGGCGCAUGUCCAGGCCUCGCUUCCUCAACCAACGCCUAUGAGCCAAACUCCCCGUGGUCCAAACCCGCUGGACAGCACCUUUGGUGGUCCGCCACUAUAUAUGACCUCUGAAGAUAUUGAUAUUUGGGGCUCACUGUUUCCCGACUACGAUCUCGAGGGAUCGUUGGACCCGCUUAUCAAAAAAUAA